GAAGCUCAGGUGAGCUCUGCGCCAAGGAAGGAUGAACUCACUCCACCAGCCUGAGCCGAAUGUCGCUCAGGAUAAAAGUAAAGAAGACCAGGAUGAGGAAAGUGGGGAUAAAUACAAAGAUGUCAAGACAAGUCCUACACAUUCCACCAUGGCCUUGGCUGAGGAGGAUUCAGAGGAGCCAGACCCCUGGGAUCUGCCAGAGCUGCAGGACACAGGUGUCCCGUGGUCAGCUCUGGAUACCAAGGGGAAGGUGCUGAGAGUGCUGGUGUCAGUCAUAAAGUUUAUACUGCUGCUGGGCCUCCUCUACAUGUUCAUCUGUUCCCUCGACAUCCUCAGUUCAGCUUUUCAACUCGUUGGAGGUAAAACGGCAGGUAACAUCUUCCAAGACAGCUCCAUUUUGUCCAAUCCGCUGGCUGGUUUGGUCAUCGGUGUUCUGGUUACUUUGCUGGUCCAAAGCUCCUCCACCUCCUCAUCUAUAGUUGUCAGCAUGGUCUCCUCUGGAAUUUUAACAGUUCAGGUGGCUGUUCCCAUCAUCAUGGGCACCAACAUUGGCACCUCUGUGACAAACACGCUGGUCGCCAUGACGCAGGCUGGUGACCGCAGCACCUUUCGCAGAGCUUUUGCGGGGGCCACUGUCCACGACUUCUUUAACUGGCUGUCUGUACUGGUGCUGCUGCCUCUGGAAGUGGCCAGUGGUUAUUUGUACGUUCUCACUAAACUCAUCACGGACUCAUUUCAAAUCCAGAGUGGAGAGGCCCCAGACCUGUUAAACGUCAUCACUGACGUCCUCACAGAGUCCAUUAUACAGCUAGAUGAAUCUGUCAUUAGUGAAAUAGCCACUGGAAACCCAGAAGCCCAAAACAAGAGCCUCAUCAAGAAAUGGUGCCAAACCUACACCAACACAACAUUAAUGAACGUCACGGUUCCAGGUCCAGAGAACUGUACGUCUCCCUCCCUCUGCUGGUUCGAUGGCAACAGCACCAUCACGCUGAAGAACGUAUCUGAGACUUAUGACAUCAAGAAAUGUCAACACCUUUUUGUGGAUGUGAACCUGUCUGAUUUGGCAGUGGGGCUGAUCCUGCUGGCUCUGUCUUUGCUGGUUCUAUGUUCCUGUUUAAUUCUCAUUGUCAAGUUGCUCAACUCCAUGCUGAAGGGACAGGUUGCUGCAGUCAUCAAAAAGAUCCUCAACACCGAUUUCCCAUUUCCAUUUGGCUGGGUCACAGGUUACAUUGCCAUCUUAGUUGGUGCUGGAAUGACUUUUAUUGUGCAGAGCAGUUCAGUGUUCACAUCUGCCAUUACUCCACUCGUUGGUAUUGGUGUCAUCAGCAUAGAGAGGGCGUACCCACUGUCUUUGGGCUCAAAUAUUGGGACCACUACCACAGCUAUUCUGGCAGCCAUGGCGAGUCCUGGUGACACGUUGGCUGAUGCUCUACAGAUUGCUCUAGUCCACUUCCUGUUCAACAUCUCUGGCAUCAUUCUGUGGUAUCCCAUCCCCUUCACCCGCCUCCCCAUCAGGCUGGCUAAAAGUCUGGGGAACAUCACGGCCUCUUACCGCUGGUUUGCUGCUGUCUACAUCAUCAGCUGCUUCUUCUUCUUACCACUCUUAGUCUUCAGCCUGUCCCUGGCUGGUUGGCAGGUACUGGUGGGUGUUGGUGUUCCUCUACUAGUCGUGUUAAUCGUCAUCAUAGUGAUUAAUGUGCUGCAGAAACGAAAACCAGGGUGCCUGCCUGCAGCGCUGCGAACCUGGGACUUUCUGCCCCUGUGGGCCCAUUCCCUGGCUCCCUGGGAUAAAGUGGUCGAUGUUAUCGCCACCAAAUGCUGCUGCUGCUGCAAGUGCUGCCAAGUUGCACAUGAUCAAGAACAGGAAGCACAAGAGUGUGUGGAAAGUUCAAGAAAUGGACACAUAGCAGCGUAUGAUAACCCUGUGAUGAGCGCAGAAACAGAAGUAGAAAAUGAGAUGAAAAUUGAUCUAAACAGCCUUAAAAUGACCCCGCUUUGAGGUUUAUAUUUAUUAUGUGUGUGUUUGUGUCUGAAACAAAAUGUGGCACAAAAACUAACAAUUUUUUAAAUAUUUAUGUGGUGACUUCUUGUUUUUAUUGCAAUCUACCUGAAAAUAUUAGGAGAAACAAAAAGUUAUCUUUGUUUUUGUCAGCAGAUCCCAUUAAGAGACCAAAACCAACAAAAUGUCAGUCUGCCAGCACCA